CGAUAAUUUUCCCGGAGUUUCAACUGGAUAAAUAGAUCAUCAAGUGGCCGAUGCGAAGAGGAAAUAUAGCCCAGAGUUGGUUGAUUUUUUUCCAUUCUUGUUUAAUACGUUUAAAUAAGCAAACAGAUCCGACCAGUUAUUGAUAGGUUAACGCUGCUAGGUUACGUUAGUAUUAUGUCCUACUUUGCUAAAGAUAAAGAUGUGCAUGGGUUAUAUAGACGCAAACAAAAACAAUGUUUAGUUGGAGAUUUACUUUACUAAGUGACAUCCACACAGUGUUUAAUGCCACUAACUAUGUGAAAUUUAUCAGGCAUCAGGGUUCAAAUUAAGAUCCGAGCUAACGUUAGCUUAAUAUUUGUCACAUCAGCUAACGUAAGCUCCACAAUGCUGCAUAACAUCAUAGACUGCCAAAGAACCACGUGGAACACCAACACCGUUUACGUUUACCUUUUGUAGUGUUUAUUGAAAGUGUUCAAAUUUACAUUAUGCAUGCAACAUUAUAGAUUUUAUGUUAUGUAAUCAAGCUUUACUCUAAUGUCGAGAUUGUGGUUUUCACUAAAAAAUAUUAUAAUAAAAAUCAUUAUCAAUUUUAUCAUAAAUCAAAAUAGACUAUGAAUAAGCCUUCUGUUGGUUGUACAGUACUAUUGAAUUAGUAAUAGCUGAACUAAAUCUUGAUAAAUAUUCAAAGCUUUAAAUGCUGAUCUCCGUCCUAAUGUCAAUAUUGCCUAAUGCCUAAUAUACAUUUUUAGUAUUAAAUCAAUAUUUAUUAUAAUAAGUAUUAAUUAUAUGUAUGUCACAUAACUAAAUUGAUCCUUUAAAAUCAAGAAGUGUCAAAGUAUGAUCAUUUUAACAUGUUUUCUAGUGGCUACACACAUUGGAAGCAAUAAAAAGUCUGAGGAUAUGAGGGAUUCCAUUCACAGCUUUCUGAGAUCAAUACCAAGAGGCCUGACCCUCGGCCAUUCUCUGGCCAAAGAUGGACAGCUGGGUUUGUGGUGUGUUGGGCGAGUGUUACAGAAAGGCACUUUGCUAGGUCUGAAGGAGCCUGACCAAAUGAUCAGCAAGGAAAAGUCAGAAGAGGGAUUACAAAAUGCAUGCCAAAAUGCGUUGAAAGGACAACUCUUUGAUGAGAUGUAUUGGAUAAGGUUUGCCUGCAGUACUCACAAUAAGGAAAAUAAGAAUAUCAGUAUGCUUGAAGUGGAUGGAAGGCUGUGUUUACAGGUCAGUCAGGACAUUAAGCCCGGAACAGAACUGCUCUUGUGGGGAGAUCAACAAGAACCCCCUCUUGAGCCUCUGGAAUCAGAGGAUAAAAUAGCAGCAAUUCAAGUAGAAAUCUGCAAAUAUGAUCCACCAGAUAAAGAGCAAGAGGAAGUUCUGGAGGCUAUCCCUCCAAUUCACCCUGAGGAUGCAGCCUGUGCAUAUUCUGUCCACAUUGGUUCAGAACAAAAUACUGACGGGAAAGUCACACAAGAAGAUGCCAAACCUCAGAUUGUCAGGAGUAAACCUCAAAUCAAGUUAAAAAGAACUCGGGACUCCAAAGCCUGUAAUUCUAGUAACCUAGAGAAGCAUGGAACAGACGGGGCACAUGGGGAGAGGAAAGCUGAGCAGGCUGAGGAGCUUACCGCUAGAGAUGAGAUACAGAACAUUGAUGUAUCUACAUCACAAGUCCUGAAUUCAUCAGAGCAGCUGAGGCCAGAGAGAAGCCUGAGAGCCAGCUCUCGCCUUGCAGCUAAACCACGAAAAGUGCAUUCCGCAGCUAACCGUACUUACAAACGUGAAAGUCUGAAAAACAAAAAAAAGUUUUUAAAAAUGCGAAACGAGAGUAACGACAUAGAAGAAGUAAGUGAGAACCAAUGUAAUGAAAGAACGCAAGACACUCAGGAUCUCCUUCAGCUCUCCAAUAUACGAGAGAGGAGGUACAAAUGUGACCAGUGUGAAAAGAGCUUCUUUCAGCUGUGCCAUCUUAAGAAACACAACUUGACGCAUCAAGAUCAGAAGCCGUACUUGUGUAAUGAGUGUGGUAAAUGCUACAGUUCGCAGGAAAGCUUCCAAGCUCACCUGCUAAUGCACCGCGGUCAGAGGCCCUUUAAAUGCACGCACUGUGACAAAUGUUACGGCUUGAAACGUGACCUCAGGGAACAUCUAGUACUCCACACAGGGGAGAAGCCAUAUGUCUGUGACGUCUGCGGAAAAGCUUUUGCUCGCCGACCCUCGCUACGCGUCCACAGAGAAGUCCACCGGACCAAAGAGCCUGACUACCAGGCUCCUAAGAUAAAGUGCCCGGAGUGCAAUAAAGAACUAUCCACUUCUGGUUCUUUGCGAAACCAUAUGCGUCUCCACAGUGGAGAACGGCCGUACGUCUGCCAGUACUGUAACAGGAGCUUUCGGCAACGUGGGAAUUUACUGGGACACUUGCGCAUCCACACUGGAGAGAAACCCUACAAGUGCGAUCAUUGUGACCAGUGCUUCUCUCAAGUACCUGAACUGCGCAGGCAUAUGAUUUCCCACACGGGUGAGAUGUAUCUCUGUCCCGUGUGUGGUAAGGCUUUACGGGACCCUCACACACUACGGGCCCACGAACGCCUUCACACGGGAGAAAGGCCUUACAAAUGUGAACAGUGUGGGAAAGGGUACACGAUGGCGACCAAGCUACGGCGCCACUUAAAAUCUCAUCAGGAGGGGAAGCCGCACAAGUGUCAGGAGUGUGGCGCUAAAUACAAAAUGAUGCAGAGUCUACAGCGACAUAUACUGUCACACAAACAAGCUGGGCACUCAUUGCCAGUGCAAGGUCGAGCCAGAAGGUCAGGCCGUAAAACACAGAGUGAGCCAGGCAAGAGUGACGCCAUCAGAUUGGAGAAUGGACAAGUUGUGCCUUACGUUCAAGCCCCUGAUGACUUUACAAUAGUGUCUCACCCGGAAAGUGUAGUCUUGGACUCUGGCGUGUACCACCGUGACACAAUUGAUAAGGGGCUUGAACAAAUUGAGUUCAGUGAGAAUAUUAUUCAGUUUAUCGUCACAGAUAGCAAUGCUGAGUGUAUUGUAAUUCAAGACCAGUCUGCUGAUGCCAAGUGUCUAGAAAUUCAGGAAGCUAAUACUGAAUGUAUAGUUGUGCAGGAUGGCAAUGCAGAACAGGAUCCUAAUAGUUGUUUAGUCAUAUUACAAAGUCAGGAUGAUCUUAGCUCAGUGGCAGAAACUGUCGAAAUAGAAAUGUAAUUUUCAUAUUUAUAGAGUGUCUUCACAUUUUGUUUCAGCCCAAAGCAACAACAAGACAAUUAUAAUGACACAAACAAUCAUUUUACUUCUUUGUUAAAUAAACAUGGCAGCUUUGUUGAA